GUUCUUUCGAGUAGGUACAUAAAACAAAGACAUACCCAAGAAUUUAAAAAAAUUAUAAAAAAAAAAACUAUCUCCAGGUUAGAUUUGGUAACAUCCUAAAAAGAACCAUAAAAGCUCAAUACAAUAAAUCUGAAGCGUGGGAAGUUUUGGCAGAAAAAAAAACAUCAAACAAAAAGUCGCGUUCGACCGACACAAAGGGACUUUAAAAGGAAAUACAUCAUAAUUCACCAACAUAUAGGUGGCAGGCGUGUCCUUCGGUUCGCCGUACCAUUGGAACUUAAAAAAUACUGCAUACAUUCAAAUCCCUGCAACAAAAGUGGAGGAAAGGUUCCGCGCCUUGCCGGUGUUCGAGCAUGGGUCAUAAGAAAACACAUUUGAAUUUAAACUUCGUUGUUUAUUGCGCGACGGUGUAACACGUAGUAUAACUUACAUCUCGUAUAGUGGCUGCGAGUGGGCGAAGACAAAAGUCGCGUUUUUAUGCUAACGCGAAGUUUUGCCGCCGAAUUUUUAGGGUAAUGCAAACGGUGCCACUGGAUCAAUAUUAGAUGGAUUAGAUUGAAUUGAGACUAUUUUUGGAAAAGCUAUUUGUCAAGAUUGAUACUGCAUAAUAUGGUGAACAAGCUGCGAUAAUAACUGAACUACAAGAAUGACUUUGAAAUUAAAGAUAUGGAUAUUACUUGAAAUAUGUUUGCUAUCAGUAGUAGGAGCAGCAGUAAUGGCACCACCCUGGGCCGAUCCCAAUCUAAAUCCCUGUGCUAAAGAACCCAGAGGUUGGCAACUUUUAUUUUGGCCCUCUGAUGGAAAAUGCUACAAAAUAUUUCAGGUCGGUCAUCCAUGUCCAGAAGGAAUGGAACUAAGCCCAGCCACUAGCAGAACAGGUAAAGAACUAUACGCAGAAUGCAGAUGUCCACCAAAACAUGCCCUAUCCACAGUGGAUGGCAAAUGUUACCAACUUUUUACCCUUGGCCCAUGCCUGGAAGGUUACUAUUUUGGCCCAGAUAAUAUUUACAAAAAUAAUGUCACAACUUCUAGCCAGCAAAUAGGAGCCUGUAAAAAAAUCCCAACUUGCCCCAACGCCAAUUCAAUAUUUUGGAUUAAAGGCGAAAAGUGUUAUCAAAAGUUGACCAAAGGACCUUGUCCCAAAGGUCAACUUUUAACAGUCGACCACAACGAGAUUCCAGUUUGUGCCUGCAACAAACGUAAAGAACUGGAAAUGUUUCGCGGUGCAGAUGAUAAAUGCUACCAGCAUUUCACAAGAGGGCCUUGCAAAGAAAAGGGGACCUUAUUUUUACCAGAUCAAACCUGUGAUUGUCAUGAUUUUCUACCACAUCAUCAUCGGGAGACUAACAAAUGUUAUGAACUCGGUACAAUUGGACCUUGCAAUAAAGGCGAAAUGUUUACAAUCCUACCAAAAACUAGCACGGGCGGCUGCGUUUGCCGAAAUAGCAAUAUCCGCUACAAAAACAAUAAUUCAUGUCAUAGACCUUUCACUCAAGGUCCAUGUGAACAAGGAGAAAUUUUAUUAAAUUCAACCACCUGUAUUCAUCAACCGUGCCAGCGAGGAGAACUCUACUACCCUUCCGAUGGUAAAUGCUACAGAAUCGGAUCAGGCGGUCCAUGUGAUAAAGGAAAAAUAAUAUCAUUCGACUUCAAAACACGUCCGUCCGUAGAUGGAGUUUCAUACAAUGGCGUAUGUGCGUGCGGAAAAAGAAACUGUGAAGGUGAAAUCGAAUGUGAUAAGAGUAAAGGCUUGACAAGAUAUGGAGAUAAAUGCUUCAAACUUUAUUCUCAAGGACCAUGCGCCAAAGGCGCUUGGCUAGUCCCUCGUAGAGAAGGGCGAGAACUUCUCACGGAAAAUGAAUUGAAUGGUGCAAUGUGUGAGUGUAUUUCUGGAAAUGUUCGCAGAGUUCGUAUGAUUGGAAAUGUGCAUUUGACAGAGUGUUUGCCACAAACGGCUCUACUGGCCGAAUUUUUAAAUAAUAAUUUCACUCAAAACAAGCUCAACUAUUAGGUCGGCAAUUCCACUCAUGUAUAAAUAAUCCCAUUUGAAAUGUCAAAAAUCGUAGUUUGCUAGCGGAUAAAUAGGAAGGAAGAGAAAAUAUAACUGGAUAAAAAAAUCGGAUAAAUUUUCUGUUGAUGAAAUCGUUACCGUAGUAACAAUUGCAUAUAAAAUUGGUUUUUGAAUCAUCUGUCAAAUAAUUGUCACAAAAAUGCACAAGUUCUAUCAUUUUGGCUUAUUAAAAGUGUAUUUUUAAAUAAAAUUAAAAAUAUUUUCAACACGCAGCGAUUUGGGACAAUUAAAGAUGAAUUAAUAGCGAAAUAGAAAAUUCAAUUCCUGAGAACACAGAGUCUUCUUCUCUUUCUGUAGAGUCAAAUUGUAAGGGGAAAAUAUUUAUUCUAAUUGUACCUUCAAUAACUGUUCAUUUUAAAAAGUAUUUCCAUAUUUUAUUUUGAUUAUGCAUUCGUGGAAUUGCCGUACUAAAUACCAUUCGAGCUCAGAUUUUGAGCAGGAUAUUUUUUUGCUUGCUCUCUUAUACUUACUUUCAUGCAAUUUAUCUCGAUCUGUUCCACAAAAUCACUCGAGCUGCGAUCUCGUGAUUUUGUCGGAACAGCUCUCGUUAAAUUUCCUAAAAGUAAGUAUUCGAGACCAAGCCAAAAAAUAUCCGGCUAAAUCUGAGCUCUUAUGGUAUUACCUACGAAUAUUUUACAUUUGUAUAUAAACACUCAACUGUGAUUUUUGUUUUAAUUUAUAGUCUAGGAGAUAGUGACGAUUUUCGGUACUUAUUUUCCCAGUAAGAAAACAUGGAUAGAAUUGUAGGGUUAGUAAUUCUAAGCAAAAUACAUAUAUUUUUAGGGGGGGUUUUCCGAUGGGUUGAGGCGCAAAAUGCGUUAAAGCUUACCAAUGCACGGUCCUUUUUUUUCUCAGUGGUAAAAACAGGUCUACUAAUGAGAAGUAUGUAUACUGAAGUUACGUAAAAAAAUAGUCCGGCUAAUCUGUGAGUAUGGAUAAUAUGUCUCGCAAGUGAAAAAUUGGAGAUCCGAAAAUUUUCAGCCAGACUCACUUUCACUAUCUGAGAUAAGCCAAAUUGCUAUUUUCAUAUACUUAAUGUUCUAUUGUAGUAAAUGUGAAAUAUUUAUGUCUGGGAAAAUAAGCGUACUUGUAUUUUUCAUUGAUCUUGUGAACCCAUUCGAAAAUUUUAGCCAGACUCAAAAAUUCUUGCUUUGUAUCACCAGGAGAACAAACUAUUUAAUAGACACCAACUGCGAAAAUAAGUGCUAAAAAAUUUCACUGCCUCCUGGACUAUUAGGUGUAAUGUUAAUAAAUAAUAAUUACUGCAGUGGCAUUGUUGUUUUCUUUUAACUUUUUAGGUAUCAGAAGUCAAAAGGGAGAUUUGCUAAUAAAAAAUAAUCAUUCGAUUUUAAAAAAAUUGAAUAUGGAAAAGAUCUCAACCAUUAAUAAAUGUCAAGUUUACCGAACAAUUAAAAUAUAUUGUUGAUGACACUUACCAUAAUUUGUGCAUAAAAACAAAAUAAUGCUGUCUGUAGUGAAUAGAAAAUAUUACUGAAAAAAAAAUGAGAAGAAAAGAAGCUACUACACCAAAUGAAAUAUAUAAAAGCACUAACCAUUGUAUCCAUGACAAACUGGAAAAAGCUAUAGAAAAAGAUUACCAAAAAAAAAUUUAAUUUUAGUUGCUAGCUUACCUUAAUUUUUUAUUAAGAUCUUUUACUAGGCUUUCUAGCUUGGACACCAUCUUGAUCUUCUUAUCCAGUUCGUCUUCUAGACUAGAUAUUUUAUCCAUUUUUGUAUCCAGAUCAUGCUAAAAAUAAAGCCUUUUGUAAUAUUAAAUAAUUUGUAGCAUUAAGGAUGAGUGAAAAUAUCUAUGUACUUUACUGCAACUGUAUCAAGCGGAAGUCACUUUAAAUUUUCAGCAUAUUGUCAUUGUAUGUUGUCAAGAAGUAACUCUUGGUAAAUAACUAUUACAUAUAAACAUUCAAACACAAGUCAAUUAACCAAAACAUAUCCUUACUGCCAAAGCAUCCUUCUGCCUGUCCAUUGUUGUCAAUUGGUUUUUCAUUAACUGAAUGUCAGACUUUAGUGUUGCUAUUUGCAUAUCCUGAUUGGAAGCAUCUCUAUUGGAAUCUCUACAUUUGUUUUUAUAGCUGGCUAAUUCUUUCUCCACCUUUAUCAACUGCGCUUGCACAUCGGAUAGAGAGCGAUCAGCUUGUUCAUGGAUC